UCCCAAAGCCCUCUCUAGCGCCCCAGGCUGGGUGUCCCCGGAGCAGCGUGACCUCCUGCCAGACCCUCUCCCACCGGGGCUCUGCUUGCCCUUAAGCUCUCAUCAAUUGGGCAUGUCUGUCGCCCCUGGAAGGCGAUGGCCGGUGGCUUCUCGCCCCCCUCAAUUCGCCCGUGGAGCUCUCCUUCACCUCUUUGAAGGUUCCCACUCCUCCUGCCCCGCCCCCCGCGGCCUUUGCCUCCUCCAGGGGGCUUCCCGGAGGACCACACCGCUUGAAGCCCCUGUUUGUUAUAGUUUACACUCGCUUGGCGCCCAGAAGACGUUUCCUUCUCAGCGCAGCCCGGGAGUCUGCAUUCAGCUGUGUCAUUAUUUGAUUGACGUCCCCUGCGGAAUGGAAACCCUGAGAGGGCCUGAGCUGGCGCUCUGCUCGCUCUUGGGUCCCCAGUGCCCACCUCGCACCUGGCGCGCAGCAGCUGCACGAAUGAGUGAAUCAGCGAGCGCAUGAACGAUCCCUUCCCGGCGCGGAGGCCCGGCCGGGAGGAAGGACCCGGGCCCCGCGGCCUCCCUGGGACCCCGCGGCGCCCUCCGCUCAGCCGGAAGCAGCCGGGCCGGCCCCCUCCUCGCGACGCCCGCCGCCUUAUCUCAGCGCCUCGGGGGCCGCAGGCGGAGUCGCGGGUGCGCCGGGAGGGAGGCGACGGCAUGGGCCGGGGGCCCCGGGACGCGGGCCGCCCGUCUCGCCGCUUGCUGCGGUUCCUGCUGCUGUUCAGUUUGGCGCGCAGCGCGACCGGGGCGCCGGGAGCGGACGUUUUAGAUGUCUGUGCCACUUGCCAUGAACAUGCCACCUGCCAGGAAAGACAAGGGAAGAAGUUCUGUAUUUGCAACUAUGGAUUUAUCGGAAAUGGGCGAAUCCAGUGUGUUGAUAAAAAUGAGUGCCAGUUUGGAGCCACUGUGGUCUGUGGGAACCAUACAUCUUGCCACAACACACUGGGAGGCUUCUACUGUAUUUGCCUAGAAGGAUUCCAAGCCACGAACAACAACAAGACAUUCAUCCCCAAUGAUGGCACCUUUUGUAAAGACAUAGAUGAGUGUGAGGUUUCUGGCCUGUGCAGGCAUGGAGGACGCUGUGUGAACACUCACGGGAGCUUUGAAUGCUACUGCAUGGAUGGAUAUUUGCCAAAGAAUGGGCCUGAGCCUUUCCACCCGGCCAGAGAUGCCACAUCUUGCACAGAAAUAGACUGUGGUACUCCUCCUGAGGUCUCCAAUGGCUACAUCAUAGGAAAUUACACCUCUAGGCUGGGCAGCCAAGUUCGUUAUGCCUGCAGAGAAGGAUUUUUCAGUGACCCCGAAGAUACAGUUUCAAGCUGCACAGCCUUAGGCAUGUGGGAAUUCCCAAAAUUAUAUUGCCAAGAAAUAACAACAGAAAUUAGUAAUGUAUCAGUGUUUAAUAAUACCUGCAUAAGGUGGCAAAUCAUCCCAGGAAGAAUGCACUCCACGACUGUGUAUGUGAUUUACAUAAAAGGACAACGGUUGGACCCUGUGGAAUCAGCUCAUGUGAAGACAGUCAACUUGACCACGGGCAGCUGGACCCCAGAAGUGUGCCUAGAGCUGUACCAAGGGGCCAACUACACUGUGAGCAUUUCUACCGCACCUCCUGGGCGCUCGGUGCCAGCCAUCAUUGAGUUCCAGACAGCUGAAGAUGAUCUCUUAAAAGAUGGAAUUUUCAGUAUUUCGAUAUUUAAUGAAACUUGUUUGAAAUUGAAGAGGCAUUCCAGGAGAGUUGGAUCAGAACGAAUGUACCAAUUUCAAGUUCUGGGUCAAAGGUGGUAUCUGGAUAAUUUUUAUCAUGCAACAUCAUUUAACUUUACUACGAGGGAACGAGCUCCAGUGGUAUGUUUGCAUCUAUAUCCGGCAACUGAUUACACAGUGAAUGUCACCCUCCUCGUGUCCCCCGGGCAGCACUCCGAGCAAAUCACAGUGACAACUGCUCCAGCAGUAAAACAGAUCAUCAGUAACAUUUCAGUGUUUAAUGACACCUGUUUGAGGUGGAGAAGUAAGAAGAUAGCUGAUCUAGAGGAGAUGUAUUUAUUCCACAUUUGGGGUUGGAGAUGGUAUCAGGAGGAGUUUGCCCAGGAAAUGGUCUUUAAUAUCACGACCAGCAGCUGGGCUCCUGAGAUAUGCUUGGACCUACAACCGGGUACCAACUACAAUGUCAGCCUCCUGGCUUUGUCUUCUGAACGUCCUGUGCUCGUCUCCCUGACAACUGAAAUAACAGAGCCUCCUCUUCCAGAAGUAGAAUUUUUUACAGUACACGGAGGACCCCUACCACGUCUGAGACUGAGGAAAAUCAAGGAGAAAAAUGGACCUAUCAGUUCGUAUCAAGUGUUAGUGCUGCCCCUGGCUCUCCAAAGCACAUUUCCUUGUGAUUCUGAACGGGCUACCUCAUUCUUUAGCAACACCACUGAUGCUGAUGGAUAUGUGGCUGCAGAACUACUUGCCAAAGAUGUUCCAGAUGAUGCCAUGGAGAUAUCUGUUGGAGACAGGCUAUACUAUGGGAAAUAUUAUAAUGCACCCUUGAAAAGAGGAAAUGAUUACUGCAUUAUAUUACGGAUCACAAGUGAAUGGAAUAAGGUGAGAAGAUGUUCCUGUGCAGUUUGGGCUCAGGUAAAAGGUUCAUCCAUCACGCUGCAGCAGAUGGUGGGUGUUGGAUUGGGCUCUGUGGCUGCUGUGAUCCUUCUCGCAUUCCUCUCCUUCUCAGCAGUGUGACUGCAAAUUGGCACUGCAUGGGGAGGAAGCCCUGCUGCUGGGCAGGUGUUAUGUUACAUACAACCAUCAAGCCCUUGGGCCCCAGGUGGCUUCCAUCCAGAGGCACCUGGGCCUGCAACUUUCUCCACUUCCAGUUUGGCCUCAUACCUGGAUUCAAGGUGGUGGCUCUCUCUCUGGAAUCCUCUGAAAGGAGAAAACUCAGGAAUUGCUGACUUCUUCCCUGCUUCGGGACUAGUUCUAUGAACUUGACACUCUUGAUGUACAGUGUAAUGUUGUCCAGAGGCUUACAGACCAGGUGGGACUGGGCUGUCUUCCUUUUAGUGUAGCUUCUCUACACAUUGAAUGCAAGACAGUCUCUGCAUCUUCUUUUAGAGCAUCUUUGUUAACAAUUUCAGACUCCAUCCAUUCACAAUAUGUGAUGAGAGGGACUUCAGUUUGGGUUAGAAUUUGACUUUAUGAAGGUCGUUGAAAAAGAGAGGGAACAUUGAUGAGAGCAAACUUUUCAAGCACAUUAGAAACUUCCUUUUUCCUACAAUUAAUUGAUAUACUAAUUAGGAAGUAUACUAGCCUGGCCUCUCCAAUAGAUUCCCUGCAGUCUCUUUAGGCAGCAUUGCUUUGAUACAAUUCCAAUUGCCCUAGCCAAAAUUAAUGUCUGCAUUCCAGUAAAAAUUGUUCUGUAAUUUAGAAAGUUCUUCCCCUGGAUAAUUUUUUGAUUACUGAGGGUCUCCUAGAGCUGCUCAGUGCCUCCCUUUAAAAUUUGAAUUUGGGUGGUCCUGAAGGAAUGCUGAAUUGAAACAACACUGAGCCCUUGGCCAGAGCCCAUGUGCGAUUGCCCCUUGUAUCUACAACCUCAGUGACUGUAACUGUUGCUGUACGAUGGACCAUGACAUAUUAGAUGCAAGCAGUGCUGGACCUACUGUCAAUAGGCCGAAUUUACAGAUGGACUCUUAAAGCUUGGGUCAUCAUUCUUUAACUUUCCUCCUCUAACUGACAGUUUAACCCCAAGCUCAGUGGGAAUGAAUGAAGACAGCCGGAGGCUUGUGGCUUUUUAAGUAACAGUGCUCAUCUCCUCCCUCUUCUCCCCUUCCACCCCGGUUUCUAGGCCUGGAGAGUAAAAAGAAUGGGGGAGGAGGGGGAUUGUCCCAUUGCACGGCCCCAGGCUGCAGCGGAUGUGCACGUGCCCUGGAGGUGUACAACGCUGCGGUCCAGGAGAAAAGGGACAGUCUGCCUGGUGCUGUGGCUGGCAUGUUCUCCACUGGCUCGCUGGGUGUUGUGGGGACAGCUCUGAGUAGCUGGGCUUGUGGGAAGAGGAGGAGACAGUAGGGACAGGUGGAAACUGCCCACGAAGCUGCUCGCCCUGGGGUGGCUGGCCUGAAGGAUAUCCACUUGAUGGGGAAGAGUCAGAACAUCCGGCAACGUGGGGGCUCCAUGCUGGCUUGUCAGGCUUGGCCCUGGUCUUGAAAGCUGGUUCUUAGUAUUAGAAAUAAUUGCCCUUCAGCAUCUAGAUACUACCUUGGACCACAAUUUAAGGUCAACAUUUGAGACUUUCUGCUCACAUCUUGGUGAAUUAUGAGGAGAGUGCUUAACAGACUAAUGCAAAUAGCUUUUUACUUGAUUUUUAUGUAUAACAAUUCAAACUCAUGCUAUUUUCACAGCUCUUAAACUAAACUUGGAAUCAUUACAAACUAUUGGAGUUAAUAUAGGGUCAGCUCUCUGACGGGUAAGCAUUUUCCUCAAAGCCCUGCUCUAUCAAAAGAGAGAAUCUGGAGCCCCCCCCACCCCCCCUUUUUUUAGGUUGUCAGUUCUAUAAACACCGUAUGUUUCUAUAGCCUGCCCUUCUCCCUAAUUUCCAGCUCCAUAAUUAACUGCUAGAGAAGCUAAUUAGGGAACUUCUUGUCAUUGAAAGAAGUCCCACUUGCCUAGUACCAAACUUUCUCGUUAAAAAUUGGACUAAAUAUUAAGGAAAUGAUCAAAUUCUGGACACAAGGCAGAAAUGUAAAAACGGUUCAUGAAAAAUUACUGAAAGAGAAAAAACUUGGAUUUUGUAACUUCCUUUCAAUAUUCCACAUUAUAAUGCUGAGUUGCGUAGUGUUGAUACUUAGCAGAAGCACUUGCUGAGAAUUUACAAAAAAGUUGUGUCAUUUUCCUUCAGCUCUUUUUUGAUAGUUUUCUCAUGAGCAUGAAGACAGUUUUACAUUCUCUAAACCCACUUGGUAGAUUUACCACAACACUGCUUUUUAUUUUUUUCAAAUGAAUUCCUGAUUAAGUGGGGAGGGGGCCUCAGGAGAUGGUUGUGGGUUUUCCUGGGAGAAUGCAGGGUCCUUCUGUCAAAGGACCCACCUAAGUAGCCCUCUGCUGUCUGGGGUUGAAUCUGCAGAGCUGGGUUGAAUCCCACUAAAAGUAGAUCCUAAGGUGGGGAUGAGGGAAGGAUCUUUUCCCCAUUAGUUGUCUUGGUGACCGUGUGUGGAGGUAAGAAAUAAGAUCCAGUCUUGAGUGACCUUCUUCAGCUAGGAAUCAGAUUUGGGGGUCUCCCUUGAUCUGGAGUGUGUUGCCCCUUGGCUGAUUUCUUUGUGUCUGUAGUGUCUGUUUGUCUCCUCAGCUGUACAGAAGAUGCUUCCAUGUGUGUGUUUCCUCAUUCCAUCCUCACAAUAGUUCCUUGUGUUGGGAAGUUCAUGGGUUAUUGAUUCCCAUUUUAGGAGCAGAGAAAUGGGUUCAGACAGAUAUGUAACUUGAAUUGUGGGGCCAAAUCUUCUGACUCCAAGUCUAGUUCUCUUUCCUGGAAAGGGGAGGCUUUGAGCUAAGUACUGAGCUCAACUUUGGAUGGUGCUUUUGGUUCUUGGGAAAGUCAGGCCUUUAAAUUUCCAAACAAUAUUUUAACCUUUGCCUUUAAUGUUAUAACACGUCUUCUUAUACUGUAAGGAAACUUUCCUCCAUCACUUUUUGAAGGAGCUACAACCAACCAACCAAAUAGAUGGAGUUUAAUUAGGGGAAAUAGAUAACACUCAAUCCCCAAUACAAGAUUUGAAAUUGCAACUGGAUAACGUUAAAUAACAUCAGCGCAGAAAUGAUUAUCUUGAACUUCCAUAAUUUAAAUUGAUUUUAAAGAAAGUAAAAAAGAAUUUUCAGUGUCCCCAUUGCUACUUUCACAUUCUCCUUUCUGAAACCUUCUGUUUUUCCAUUCUAUUCAUCUAAGAGAAAACCAGUGUUAGCAAUAGUCAAUCAAAUAGUGUUUUAAGGACUUUUUGCAUACCGCAACCAUUGUUGGCAAAACUGAAGGCCUAAUUCUGGAGAGGAAAGAGGAAGUGGGUUUUUUUAUGCUCAAGCUUGUGGGUAGUGAUGCAGUCAAACAAAUCCCAUGUGAAAACCAAGCAAAUGGUCUCACACCUUUGAUUAAAAAAGCAGUAUAUACCCAAUAUGCUCAUUGUUAAGAAAAAGAGUGUAAGUUAUUUACAGUGUUUCCAAAUUUUUAGUAUCAUUAUACACAUCUGUAUAAACAUAUGCAAUUCCUAAAACUAAAUUCCUAAAAGUGAAAUUGCUGGAUUGAAAACUAUCUACUUUUUGCAUUUCACUACAUAUUGCCCUGCUAGAGCAAUCUCAUAGAAAGUUUAUACCAACUUACACUCUCACCAGAAGAAACCUGCUCCCCACAAUCAACACCACUGGACACCAUUGAUAUUUGUUGUUGUUGUUGUUGUUGAUUUUUUUUUCAAUAAUUCAAUUUGAGAUAUAUUCACAUACCAUACAGUCAUACAAAGCAUACAAUCACUUUUUCACGGUACCACCAUAUAGCUGUACGUCCAUCACCAAAAUUAAUUUUUGAACAUUUUCAUUACCACAUACACAAAAAUAAUAAGAAUAAAAAUUAAAGUGGAAAAGAGCAAUGUAAAGUAAAAAAGAUCACUGGGUGCUUGUUUGUUUUU